AGUCGGUCGUUUCGUUGUGGCCUGUGCUGCGCUCACUGCGGUCACUACGCGCUGCACUCACUCGCCAUGAUCAUUGUUUAUUUCAUAUACGUGCUGGCUGUGUAUACGGUGCGUGGAAACGAAUCGAACUCAUCUCGAGUGCUAGUGGAGAGUCUCCGGCGACAGCUGAUGGACGACAACUAUGACUACCAGCCUUCAGAGACGGAGGAACUACUGCAUCCGCAGGAUAUAACCAGACGUCAAGGCGUCGCUCUCAACAAACAAGAUACGGAUUUAGACUCCAUCAACAUAUUCGUACCGGAAACAAUAAAUAACCAAUACAUUAUCACCGAGGACAAGGACACAGGACAGGACAUGCUUCACCACCUGGACGACAGACCGACGGACAUCAUGACCAGCGACCAGCGCGACUACGUGGAACUCCAUGAUGAUGGUACUAAGCCCACGCAGCAAGCUAAAUACAAAAUAUUAAAGGUAAAAAACCCCAGUCGUCGGAGUAUGGGCUCCAGACGGUUCAUACAGGAAGAAAAAGAAGACGGAGUGGCCAUCAUCAGCCUCGACGACGGAACCUUCCCGGAGUUCAGGCUGCCGAAGGACAGGCGCCAGUACAUGCAGGACGGAGAUGAUUUGGAUGACUUAGGGCUGGACCUAGACUCCGCCGGUCCUGACUUCGUCCAAAACAAAACAAAACAUUCGAAUGACGACUACUUGUCGGAUCUUAUUCCUACAUUUAAUGUUAGCGAUGAACUAAACAGAGUUUAACAUCGUGCUGCGAGUAAAUGUUAUGUGUUUUUUGAAUAUUUUUCAUUUAAAAUA